AUGGCAACUCAGUCAAUAUUUGGGAGCAUCAAUGGGUGCCAACUCUGCCAGAUCUCAGACCAAAAGGGUUGCAUCCAAGGAACCCAGACCUCAAAUUGAACAAAGGCGGCACCGAAGGCUCCUCCUAAAAACACGAGCAAACGCAAGAGAGUUGCACCUCCAUCCGAAUCAUCGAGCGACUCAGACCACUCGAACCACUCCAACUCACACCCAGCGGAGGACACCAGCACUUUGGCUGAAAUUCAUGGCGUUCCAUUCACGAUAUUAGAGAAACUGGGCAUAGUUGACGACGUCCGAAAAUAUCUUAGGGCUCUUAAUCUGGAAAAGUACGCGGACGCGAAUUUGACCCCCUUCAAAGGCCUUACCACCGAAUUCUUUAGCACUUUAGAGACACACGAAAAUAUGAAAUAUCUCACGUGCCGUCUACGAGGAAAAGAGCUCAAGAUCACUGACAAGGUCCUUUGCGAUAUUCUCCACUUGAAGACCACGGGUGCGCGUCAGAAGCCCGAGAAAUUUGACGUCCAUAAGAAGUGGGCUGCUUUAUCUCCUUGCAAAUCCUUUAACAAACGCGGCUCGUCGGCAGGCAAACCCGUGUGCCUUCUACCCUUCCUCAAACAAGCCCUCUGGGACACGAAGAACAAGGCGAAAAUGCGAAUUGGUUGGAACGACCUCCAGUUGGCCGACCUCGUAACUGGUGACCGCAAGCUCAAACACUAUUCGGAACGGAAGUGCUAUAAAGCUUACCAGGAUGGGUUGAAGAAAGCUGCAGCUGCGGGCUCAUCAGAACAGACAGUUGGAGGGUCAUCUCAACAGGCAACAGAAGAGCCUACCGAGCAUGCCUCAGGAGAUGAGGAACAGCCCGACCAGACCGAGUAUCAUGCACCUACACCCCCUCACGGCAGCCUAGUCACUCUACCCCAACAGGCGCCUACGUGGUUCAUUGAGUAUCAGAAGCGUCAGGACGAGUACAUGCGGGCCAUCCACGCUGAGGUUAGCUCGUACAAUGCGCGAGUUGAGGCCUACAUCACUGAGAACGACAAACGAUGGACCAAUGGAAGGAUCAACAUGAUAAGCAUGAGGCCCGUUGGGACACUUAUAAAGCGCAUGCACUUUCGAGCCUUCCCAGUUGGCACUUCACUCCCUUCACGGCGCGAGCACGCACACGGAGCCUUAACGGGCCUUCAGAAGGUCACUUUUCAUUCUCCAUGCCGCGACGAUGCCAGCGCCGUGCCUUCUUCUUCUCCCCGCGCCGCUACAACCUCCACCGCCGCGCCACGUCCACCUUCCACGCCGUGA